UGAGCUCUCACAGAAGAGUCCUCUGUCCAUCGUCACCAGCCCCUCCCGAAUCCUCCUCCUUCGUCCCAGGGAAAAAAAAAACUGAAAAUCGCGAUGUGCUUGGAGUCGGGGGCACAACGGCCAUUUCAGGCCGCAACGUGGUUAUCAGAGCUGUACGGCCAGGGGGUGACUCAGGGCUGAACUUGGCGCCAGGUCAGGCAGCCUUGAGCCCCGCUAACUGCGGCGCUCAGAGAUUAGGCGGAUGUAACAAUCACCUGAGAGGGAGAUUAAAGGCCUCUCAACGGAGCCCUUUGUUCUCGGCCUCAUUUGAUGCUCGGAGAGCCACGCCGCGGAAAACGCUUUAAAUGUUUGCCCCCAGCGCCGGGACGGUUUCAGAGAACGGGGAAAGCCCCACCAUCAUGGAGAAGGGCCGCUUCUCCGUGGAGUGGUUGGCGCAGAGCAGCAGCAGCGGGGGUAACAGCACAGCACAGGGAGAGUGCGGGGCGCGCGGCGGGACCGCAGCUGCCGGCCGUCGGGAGAACAACAGCGGCACGUGCGGCACUGCCCGCCUCGCCGCCCCUCCGACGCCGCUCUCCCUUCCCACAACGCACCCGGCCCCGCGGCGCUGCAGCCCCGCGCACGAGGUGGAGGCGGGAGGCGGCGUGCGGCCCCGCACCAAAUUCUCGGCGGCGCAGCUGCAGGAGCUCGAGCGGAGCUUCCGCGAGCAGCGCUACAUCGGCGCCAGCGAGAAGAGGCGGCUGGCUGCGGCUCUGGACCUCUCGCAGAGCCAGAUAAAAACCUGGUUUCAGAAUCGCCGCAUGAAAUUUAAACGCGAGACACAGGAUGCCAGGGUAGAAGCCCUUGUUUCAGGCCUGUUCCUGCCCUAUCACCAGUACCCGGAUACGGUGACACCCAGCUGUCUUCAUGGGUUGGAUAUCAGUGUUUCCUCUACCCUGAGCGCUCCCCUGCACCCAGCAGGGCUCAGCCCGUCCCUGCUGGCGCCCCCUGUUCCAGCACAGCUCUCACAGGCAGCUUUGCCAGGCACAGCUUUGCUGCUUCCCCCCGGCCCAGCACUGCCUGCAUACUCCGCUGUGAUCCCAGCUGUGACUUUAACCAACGACCACAAAGGACUGAGAUUCCAGCCCUACCUACCUUGUUAACAAUGCCAAAGAUUAUCUGUAAGCUGCCAAAUAUCUAAAGAGUAAUUAUUUAUAUUAAAUAUAUGUGUGACUUAUUUUUUUAUAUCUUUUCCCCUAAUGUUAAAAAGAAAUAAAGGCCUCGAGGUAUAAUACUGAGAGUGGAAGAGGAAGAUCUGAAACUUGUACAGCCUUCGGUUCUUUGUACUGAAACACUUUUCCCGGAGUUUGUUCUCAGAAAACAGCCUAUAAUCACAUGCGGUUCUUCACAGAGAAAAGGGAGUGUUUAUUAUAUGUAUGCAGUAGCUACAUGAUGAACUAUAUGGAGGACACAGUGAUAGCUGUUCACAAGGGACUUUUAAGAAAAGGCUUGUCAAUGACAUCAAACAAAUUAAAAU